CAGCCACUUCCGCUCCUGCAGGAAAAAAACACUCGUGAAGUUUGCGAACGGGGACACGAGCAGGAGAUGGGCUGAACCGAACCACUUCAGCGGUAAUAAACGGAUUACUGAUAUCAGAGAGAGAGGGGAAUGAGUGGUGUGAAGAGAGGGGGACAUGCCUUACGUGGACCGGCAGAACCGCAUCUGCGGUUUCCUGGACAUCGAAGAAUUGGAGAACAGUGGCAAGUUCCUGCGACGAUAUUUCAUCUUGGACACGCAGCAGGGUAGUCUGGUGUGGUACAUGGACAACCCACAGAACCUGCCUGUAGGUGCCAAACACGUGGGUUCUCUCAGUCUCGCCUACAUAUCCAAGGUCAGUGAUGCCACCAAACAGAGGCCAAAAGCUGAAUACUGCUUUGUCAUCAAUGCAGGAAUGAGGAAAUUCUUUCUGCAGGCUAAUGAUGAGCAGGAUCUUGUGGAAUGGGUCAACGCACUCAAUAAUGCAACCAAAAUCACAGUUCCUAAGUCCUCUGAUGCUGUUCACUCUGAGAGUCAGAGGUUGGCUUCAAAUGGAAGCAAGAAACAGGUCCCAUACAAGACCGAGAUCAUUGCAGGAGUGGCUGUCGUCACACAGACACAGGAUGGAGAGGUGGGACACAGUGUUGGAGGAGAGAAGGUGGGCUUGAGAAAGCCUCAAAACCAUCCGCCAUAUUUGCACACUAGAGCAGGGCAGGAUCAGACCGUUAUUAAAGCAGGAUACUGUGUCAAACAGGGGGCUCUGAUGAAGAACUGGAAAAGGAGAUACUUUGUUCUGGAGCAGAACUCAAUGAGUUACUUCAAGUCUGAUCUGGAGAAGGAUCCUUUGCGGAUUAUUCUUCUGAAAGAGGUCCAUAAGGUGCAGGAGUGCAAACACAGUGAAAUACUGAUGCGAGACAACCUCUUUGAAGUUGUCACAACCUCCAGAACAUUUUAUGUCCAGGCUGAUAGUCCAGAGGAGAUGCACAGCUGGAUCAAGGCUGUAUCAGGAGCCAUUGUGGCUCAGAGGGGCCCAGGCCGGUCCGCAGCCUCUAUGCGUCAGGCCAGAAGGCAUUCAAGCCCCUGUAUUCAGAGAUACACACCACGUGUCACUCAAGGCAGCACGAGUUCAUUGUUGGCGGCUCCUGUUUCUACCGCCAGCACACGAGUCAUGCCAUCCCCUGGACGCCCAGCCCUGCCAUGUCAGCAAACCCAGAAUGUCAUGGUCUCACGAGGCCUGGCAUGGGACAGCGAGCACUUCAUGAGCCUGCUGCCCCUGCCUCGCCCACACGCCCGCCUGUCACUGCAAGAGACCCGCCUCUCCAAGUGACUCACGAAUCGCCAUGGCGACGACGUAGCAGCUUUGGAAUGUGUGAUGCUCCUUUGCUCCACCUUGAUCUGGAUGGUGCGGAUCUUCCUGUCAGUGAGGUCUGACAGUUUUACAUUCAACUUUUACAACUGACCCUGAAAUAUUGAGAUGUGUGUGCCGAGUCUAGGUGAUGGAAGGAUGAUUUGGGGAUAGAUGACCAGGCAUUCGGAUCCAAACUGUUUUGAUCUGACCUGUUGACCAAAUUCUGAACUUUAUAACCAAUUAUGACGAAUAAAAAAAGCUUCAGUCAUGUUCAUCUUAAACAGGAACACUACCACAGUGAUUCAGACACCAAAGAUUCUUCAAAGUACCUCCUAUCCUUUGAGCAUCUGUUGAAAAGUACUGAAAGAAAAGAAACGUUUGUGGAUUAUGGAUUAAUUAUUACCUAAACUGAAAUUGUUUCUGGGACGGUGUCAGAGGAAGGGAAUAUUUGCGCUAUCCCAUGGAUUUGAAUUUGGAAAAGGCUGUUUGAGUGCUUGUGAGAAGUUAAUAUCUCUGUUAAUAUCCAAGAAUUCCCCUUCACUGAGCAUUACAGAACGUACUUCAG